CACUUUGACUUGGAUGGGCGAUAGGAUCCACGUCUCUGCUUCAGCGGAGCCUCAACAUGAAACUGCUCGUUUCCAACCCGGGGCUGGAUCUACGGAUCCCGAACUAUGAAGAUCUGGAGAGGAUGGAGAAGGAGGAGGCCAGUGACAGGCCCAAGUGGGACAACAAAUCCCAGUACAUCCUGACCUGUGUGGGUUUCUGCAUUGGGAUCGGCAAUGUGUGGCGUUUCCCUUACUUGUGUCAAACUCAUGGCGGAGGUGCUUUUUUGAUUCCCUACCUGAUUCUGCUGGUGCUCGAGGGGAUGCCUCUACUGCUGCUGGAGUUCGCCAUCGGCCAGCGGCUUAGAAAAGGCAGCGUGGGGGUGUGGAGGACCAUCAGCCCUUAUCUGACCGGUAUAGGUAUCUCUUCCAUGAUGGUGUCCUUUCUAAUCGGGCUGUACUACAACACCUUAAUAGCCUGGAUCAUGUGGUAUCUCUUCAAUUCCUUUCAAGACCCGCUGCCUUGGACUCAGUGUCCUCUUGCUGACAAUGGAACAGAAUAUGUCCCCGAGUGUCAACAGAGCUCUACUGUGGAUUAUUAUUUUUACAGAGUGAGUCUGAAUAGUUCAGCCUCUAUAUCGGAGUCCGGCGGACUCCACUGGCCUGUAGUCGUGAGCCUGCUGGCUGCCUGGUCAGUCAUCUGUAUCUGCUACAUACGGGGCAUCAGAACUUCAGGCAAGGCAGUGUACGUGACCGCCAUCCUGCCGUACAUAGUGCUGGCUAUCUUCCUGAUCAGAGGACUGACUCUUAAAGGCGCCCUCAGUGGACUAGAGUUCCUCUUCACACCGAAUGUCGACGAGCUGAUGAAGCCAACAACUUGGCUGGAUGCGGGUGCCCAGGUGUUUUACGCCUUCAGCAUCGCAUGGGGAGGCCUCAUCUCUUUCUCAAGUUACAACCCUGUCCACAACAACUGCUUGCAAGACGCUGUGAUCCUGUCUGCUGUGACGGGCUUCACCUCAGUCUAUGCCGCCACGGUCACCUACACCAUCAUUGGCUUCAGGGCCACAGAGAAAUAUGACAACUGUGUCAGUGGAAACAUCAUGACGUUAUUAAAUACAUUUGAUCUUCCAUUUGAAGAGAACAUCACUGAGAGUAACUAUGAAGCAGUGCUUGAUCGCCUCAACAGCACCUACCCAGAUAUUGUUCAUGGAUUAGACAUCAAAACGUGCGACUUGCAGAACCUACUCAGUGAGGGAGUGGAGGGAACAGGUCUGGCCUUUAUUGUGUUUACAGAAGCCAUCACUAAAAUGCCUGGCGCUCCAGCCUGGUCUGUCCUCUUCUUCAUCAUGCUUCUCUGCCUGGGCUUGUCAACCCUAUUCGGAAACAUUGAAGGAGUGGUGGUCCCCUUGAAAGACCUAAAGAUGUUUCCUCAUAGAUGGCCUCAGGAAGCCCUAACUGGAACAACGUGUGUCGUCGCCUUCAUCAUCUCCCUCCUGUUCGCGCAGCAGUCAGGGAUUUAUUGGGUAACGCUCUUUGACAACUUCGCCGGAUCCGUUCCCCUGCUAACCACCGGCCUGUUUGAGAUGAUUGCAGUUGUUUACUUCUAUGGCAUAGACAGAUUCUACGAGGACUUGGAGUUCAUGAUCGGAUACAAGCCCUCUAUCUUCUGGAGAGUUUCAUGGAGGUUUGUCAGUCCGCUAAUCAUCCUGGUCAUCUUAGUUUUCUACCUGGUGACCCAAACACAAGAGGAUCUCAACUAUUUAGUCUGGGACAUGAAUUCUGAGGAGUUCCCGUCUCUGACAUCUGUGCCAUAUCCUUCAUGGAUCAGCGUGGUCAUCUUACUUUUAGCAGGUGUCCCCAGUCUGGUCGUCCCUGUGUAUGCGUUAUGUCGGCUGGUCCUCGUUUGCUGCAAGAAAAAGAACGUACCCACAGUACAAAUGAGUGAAAUCUCUUAAAGUGAUUGAAACAUAAUCAAAUACAACAAAAUGCAUGAAUAUUUAAUUUGUUGUAUUGCUCUGAUUAGAAGGUAUAUCCUGUAGUUGUUUUUUUCUAAUUUUAUUACUAACCUAGCAAUUAUACAUUUUAGCUGUUUUUUUUUAUUAGAGGCAAAAUCUUUACUGUAUAGUUUCCAUCUACAGCUGUUAUAUAUAGCAUUUAUAUAUAGCAUAAAUAGUACAUCGGUACAAUACUACAGUACAUGUAUGUACACCCAUGUUGCAUUCUCCAAAAUUAGAAAUGAGCAGGUGCUCAGGUCUGUUUUUUUUGGACCAAACCUGCUACAGACACACACAUACAUGAAAUAACCAUUCAUACAAUAAUUAGUACCAAGUGGACAUAGUUAUGACAGAAGUCAGGUAAUCAAAACAUGAGGUGGCAGGACCAAAGUCACCAAAUACACUUUGACCCUGAUGUGAUGCUGGUCAUUUAUUAAGCAAGGUGUGGACCGGAGGCUUGUCUCCAGUAAAAAUGUAGUCAAGUCUGAAUCUCAUGCCUUUAACCACUUCCUUAUCAGGGACAAGCUUUAAUGAGGGAAUCACCUCAUUUUGCUGAGAUAAGGCCACAAAGCCAAAUUCCACAAGAAUCUACAAUAGGGGAGAUGGAGCGCAUCCAUCUGUCCUGGAGAAAUAAAAUAAAACUUAAACAGAAACACUACAAAAUCUUACUUAAAAACCUUAAAUACUCAAAGGGACCUCAAAACAAGGAAUUAAGCUGAACUAGCAAAUGGGUCAGCAAGGAAGACAUACACAAUAAUUGUGUUGUUAUGUUUAUAUUUCCUUUAGAAAUAUCUGCACAUUUCCUGUGUGAAACUGCUACAUCUAACAAGCAUGUAUAUUAUGUUCAUGCAGUAAGAUUCCUAAUUAAGUAUGUUAACUACAGGCACAACUCAAGCCUAGUCGAAAAAUAACUGUAAACCUGCAUCUGGUCCUCACAAGGAAGGCAAAGUCCUUGUGUGUGAAAGAAAGUGAAAUAGGUUUUUUUGUACCAUCAUGAGUAAGAGAGCUACUAUAUAUACAUGUCGUUCUGUUUAAUCUUUUAUCACAACCAUCACAACUAAACGCUCAGCUACAGUACAAGCCUUCAUCCAGGCCUAACCAUCGUCUUUACCUCAAACAAUCACGUGAUCCCGCACCUCAUGGGGACCAGAUGCUGGUUUCCCACAAGGAAACGUGAACUUCAAAAUGUGAGCAUGUAACCAGGUAGUGAUCCCAGCAAUGUGAGUAAUACAUGAGUGCUGAUGAUGUGCAGCGUUUUGCAGAUUUGCAUUACCACCACGAGGUGGCAGAAGAACUACAUGGAGUCGUCAAUCACACAAAAUCCUCUGCAUAUUCACUCCAGCACUGCUUGAGUUUAUAUUUAUUCUGCCUUUAAGGUCAGGUGCCCAUAGGCUAUAGCUACAGUACAGCAGGCACAGUAUCUGUAUGUAAAAUCAUUCCUCCUGUUCAUGGUGGUCUUAUCCCUUCCUAUUGUGUUUUUUUUUUGCUAAAUGUGAACAUCGGAUUUGUUUGUGACAGGUGCAGUAUCAAACAUAAGCUCAUAAUUCUUCCUUUUUUUAUAUUAACUGAGCGUUAGUUAGGAUUUGCUCUAACACAUGUUUUUCCACUAAGAACAAGGUCAACCUGCAUGUUCAACAAUGCAAACAGUAACCAGCUAUUGGGUAACUCUACAUCAAGCACUUCAGAAGCAAUUCAGCUCCUGCAGAGACGACCUUAAUCCUCAGCAAACCAAACAACCCAGCUUGGAGUUAUUGAUUCAAGGAUUCAAGGAAGAGCAGGGUGACUUUCGAUGACAGUAAUAGCAAAGAAACAAGGACAUGAUGAGUUUAUCAUUACUGAGUUAUAGUUUUAUUUCUUUUUUUAAUCUGUACAUAAACAAAAAACACUGGGUCAGAUGCUACAGUAUGUUUUAUCUUCCUUUAAUACACUGAAUUUAGAUAAUCUCAAAACAUCUAAAAACCUCAAACAGGAAUCCCAUAAAGUACAUUUCCUGUAUGUCUAAAGUUGAAUUGAUUAAAUAAAACUGUAUCUUGGCACCUGG